AUGUCAAACGUCCAAUUCAGCACCGAGAUCUACAACCCGAGCAAUCCCAUCGAAGUUCCAGUGAAGGGUUUCACUUAUGGCCAACGCCUCCGAGUGGUUCUAAAACCUACUGACAAAAAAGACAAGAAAUUCCAUAUAAAUCUCAAAAACGGAGACGACAUCGUCGUUCACUUCAAUCCUCGCUUGAAGGAUGAAGCAUUGGUGUUCAAUUCGUUCUAUCAAGGUAAUUGGCAGUAUGAGGAGCGGGCAUCGGUGGUAUUCCCCUUCAAAAAGAACGAGAUCUACACUAUCGAGUUUGUCGCGACAGGCCAGAAUUCUGUAACGGUACAUCUCAACGGAAUGCUCUUGUACGAGUUCAAAGAACGGCAGUCUGGGUGGUCUGUGUCGUCCAUCGAGGUUGGAGGAGAUGUGUUCAUACAUUCUAUUCAUAUCGGCUAA